GAAAGAAUUGAUCCAUUUCUGGCCUCAUCAUCGAGAAGUAGAAUUAGCGGUGAGUCAUUAUCGCUAUUAAUUCAAUUUGUCUAAUAAUGAUAACAAAUCAUGUCACGAAAUGACCUAUAAUUGUUUGAUCCUUUUACCCACAUCCAUUAAUUGUAAAAGCACACGUAGGUCAUAUACGUAUCAUAAAAGCCAAAUUAGUAAGCAAAUUACGAGGCCUUACGAGAUCCAAGCAUGCAAAUAUUUCAUAAACAAAUCCUUAAAGGUUUAUGUAUUUGCAAUAAGACAUUAGAUUAGAGAUCGGAUCUGCAGACGGAAUGGUAGACUCUCUUUUCUCUCUUGAGAGACAGUGAGUCGCGGUGGUUCCGUCGAUGAUUUAUCUUUCCGGUUAACAAAAUCGACUCUGGUAUACGGCGUUUUUCUCUGACGCUGUGUAGCCGGCAUAGUUUCUGGUGGUUUUGCGCUCUCUUUGGUGAAACUAUCCAGCGGUGGUAUCCGGUGGUGGAGCCUUGGUGGUGUCGUAGGUUCUCUACCGAAUCUCUCUCAGACCUAAUCAUCGCCGGUUGUCAUCUGUUUCAACCGUCGAUUGAUCUUCUCGUUGGGCUGUUAGUUGGAGCCCGUUCGCAUGAUUUAUCAUUUGGAGUUCGUUGGUAGGAAGCGAAGAUUAUGGGGCUGGUUAAUGAAAUCGGUUGGAUGAGCUCUCGAUUUAGAUCGAUUGACGCUCUCCAAAGCUACGGCGUGUGCGUUGCAGCUGUCUGAAUCCCCAAAACCUCCGAUACAGUCGUUAGAGGUGUUUCUUCAGUGGAAGUUCGUGGUCCCGGUGUCAUUCCGGUGUGGUACGGUGGAUUCCGGUAAUCGUCGGUUUAGUGUUCCGGCGUUGUUUCUCGAAAGCGGUGAUGAGGUGGAAGCUAUCGCGACGCGUGGUCUCCUUAGGAUGUGAGAUUAACACGUGUUUUUCACCCCCGCUAAUCUUUUGACGCGUGGUGUGGUCCGGCGUCUUUUCUUUUCGUGGCCUUGUUGGACUGGUUCCUUUGGUGGCUUUUUUUGUGUGGUUUGAACCUUGUGUAUGGGUUUUUUUUGGUUUGGGCUUUGUCCCUUUGAGCCUUGAGCUCUUAAUAAAAUUUAGAUGGAAAAAAAAAAAUUUGCAAUAAGACUGGUAUCCUGUCCGAAACACGUUAAAAAGCUAGUUCAUACGCUUAUAUUGCGACACGUUGGUGUUGAUGGUGGUCCCCACUGACACGCAGACACAUGUCGGUCACGUAUCUCUACAAGGCGCACAGUUGCACACACCGCCGCCUGAAGCAGUGACACACGUCCUGUCACUCAAUUGGUUUUUCUUUCUCUCAGUUAAAUAAACAAUAUUAUCUCUCGUCCUUGUUAAGUGGAGCCCAAGGUAUGGUUUUAUGGUAAUUUGGAUAAUUCCACAAUUAAUGUCUAUUGUUUUAAUAAUUUGUUCCAGUUCCUUGUAGAACAAAAAAAAAAAGGAAGGAGGAAGCCUUUACUUUAGACGCUCUUUCACUUUAGUUAUGUUAAAUAUUGUGUGAUCUUUGAUUACGUGUUCUCUACGCGAAUUUAAGCAAACUUACUUUCUCUUUCUCUCUCCCUGUCGCUACCUCCUCGGUUGAGUGAGUAUAAAUCUCCAGAAAAAAGAAAAAAAUCAUCCAUGGGAAUGGGAGAGAGAAUCUAAUAGAGCAGUUAGGGUUUGCGAUAUUUUAGGCGUGUGUCGGUAUAGUUUGAUCUCAAAGAUUAAAAAAAAAGAAGGGAAUAGGGUUUUGUUUUGUCUUGGAAGCUCUGGUUUAUGUUAGAUCAUCUCGUCGAGGAGUGAAGAAAAGGGAAAAAAGAAUGAGAAAGUCGUUCAAGGAUUCACUCAAAGCUCUCGAAGCUGAUAUCCAGUUCGCCAACACCCUGGCAUCUGAGUAUCCAGAGGAGAAUGAUGGCGGGUUCGUUCAGAUGAGACUGUCAUACAGCCCCGCGGCUCACCUCUUUCUCUUUCUUGUUCAGUGGACUGAUUGUCAUUUCGCUGCCUCUUUGGGUUUGCUUAGAAUCCUUAUUUAUAAGGCAUAUGUUGAUGGGAAGACCACAAUGUCGCUUCAUGAACGGAAAGCUAGUAUCAAAGAGUUCUACGAUGUGUUGUUUCCUUCGCUAUUGCAACUUCACGGAGGGAUAAACGAUGUAGAAGAAAGGAAACAAAAGGAGAUAUGCGACAAAAGAUACCGGAGAACAGAGAAAGGAAAGAUGUCGGAGGUGGAUUUGGAGAGGGAGGAAGAGUGUGGCAUUUGCUUGGAGAUUCGCAAUAAAGUUGUUCUUCCUACUUGCAAUCAUUCCAUGUGUAUAAAUUGCUACCGAGACUGGCGUUUGAGGUCACAGUCGUGCCCGUUCUGUAGAGGGAGCUUGAAAAGAGUGAAUUCUGGGGAUCUAUGGGUUUACACUUCAAGCAGAGAGACUGUGGAGUUACCGGAGAUAUACAAGGAGAAUGCGAAGAGGUUGUUAAUGUACAUUGACAAACUGCCUCUCGUUGCUCGUGACCACCCAACUCUUGUUCCUUACUCUCCUGUUCCUCGCUGAACAUCCUGCCUCUCUCUCUUUAAUUAGCUUAUCUCAUCUUCUUCUGCACAUAAGCAUUUCUAAUCUAUAUUUUUGUAAAUAAAAAUUUAUGUUUCUUUUGGGGGGGUUUUCUUUUCAGUUUUUCUGCAGUCUCUGAUUUGAAUUUGGCAAUUUGUUAUUUGUAUUAUGACAACCUCCUCUUGUUAUUUAAAUCAGAUAUAUGAAAAAAUGGCUUUUUGUUCAGCCGUUC